CACACACCCACACACUCACGCAGUGGGACUAACACAAACAGCCACAUCAAGUAAGCUGAGCAUCUCCAGCUGGUCCCCAGCCCUGCUCUGAGUUUGCUGAGUGGUCCACCAUGGCCUCCGCCCUAUCAGAAGAUCAGUUCAAGUGCUGCAUCUGCCUGGACUUCUUCAACCAGCCAGUGUCCAUCCCGUGUGGACACAACUUCUGCCUCCUCUGCAUCCAGCAGUUCUGGAAUACAGCAACCCGAAUAAACUGUCCACUCUGCAAAGAGAGUUUCCCCACCCGCCCAAAGCUCAGUAUCAACCGCGCCCUAGCUGAAAUCACUGAGGGCUUCAAAACCUCACUCAACAUCAGCCCUGAUCAGCCCAACAGUAAGAGCAGGAGCCAGAGUGUGAAGGGGGAAGACGAGCGGAUAUCAUCUCACGAGGAACCAAGAAGGAACCUCUGCGGAAAACACCGGAAGCCACUGGAAUUUUACUGCAAGACGGAAAAGAUAAAAGUGUGCUCAAAAUGUGUAGAAACCCAACAUCAAGGACACCAAACUGUCCAUGUGGAACUAGAGAGCAUCAGGAUGAGGGCUGAUCUUAAUGAGGUGGCGUCUAAACUGCAGCAGAUGAUCCAGGAUCGUGAAAAGAAGGGGUUUGAGAUUAAACGUUCAGCAGAGUUGCAUUAUAGAAGCUUGAACAAGGAGACUGAGCAGAGCAUUGAGAUCUUCAACUCCCUAAAGUGUUCAUUCCAGAGUGAACUGGCUGAGCUGGCGGAGAAACAGAGAGAGGUGACGAGGAACGCUGACUCGCUUUCAGAGGAGCUGCAGAAAGAGAUUGAUGAAAUCAAGAUGAAAAAGUGCACAGUGGAGCAACUCGCAAGCAUUGACGAUGAUCUGCAACUUCUACAGAAUUUCCAUUCUGUUGCAUCUCUUCCACGUACCAAGAACUGGUCCCAGACCAGAUUAAUUACCAGUAUGAGUACAGGAACAUUAAGAAGAACUAUAGAGGCGCUGAAGGAAGUUCUGCGUAAUCAGGAGAAGAUUCUUUGCGAUGCUGAGCUGCAUGAGAUCCAGCAAUAUGAAGUGGACAUAACCUUUGACCCUCAAACUGCUGCCCCCUGGCUGGUCCUCUCCUCCAACCUGAAGCAGGCCAGUCUAUCUGUUGGUGGCUUUCAGCCUGCGGUCACUCCUUCCUCUCCCAGCCCUCUGCGCUUUGACUCCUGUGUGUGUGUACUGGGCCAGCCGGGGGUCUCCUCCGGGAGGCACUACUGGGUGGUUCAGGUUAGAGAUAAGACAGACUGGGAGCUGGGAGUGGCCAGAGAGUCCAUCAACAGGAAGGGAGCCAUAUCGGUCCGACCGGAUCAGGGCUUCUGGGCCGUGGCUUCCCGUAAAGGGGGUCACCUGGUCGCCUGUGCCGGACCUGCCGUCACCCUGUUCUCUCCUGUAGAAAGGCUGCAGAGGGUCGGGGUGUUUGUAGACUAUGAGGGAGGAACUGUCUCGUUUUAUGAUGUUGAAUCCCGGAGCCAUAUCUACUCCUAUACCCGGUGCAGCUUCACUGAAAGACUUUACCCUUACUUCAACCCUUGUCUUCACGAUGAUGGGAAGAACACUGCACCACUGAUCAUCUGUCCUGUAGGCGGGGGAGAGGUUGCAACUUCAGACCUGAACCAAGAGGCAAGGAGACCUCCUCCACUGAUCAGACGCCAAUCAUCUCAGGGUUUCCUUUUACAGACUACCAAGCAAUAGAUAUGAACAAGCAGUGGAAAUCUUGACUCAUCUGAUUCUGCAACCAAGGCUGGAAUACUGACCAGGCCAGUGGGGCCAGUGCCCAGGGGCCCGUGAGGUCAUUUUGCGAUGCCUAUCAACAUUUAUGAUACAAUAUAUUUUUUUAUUUCUGAGUGCCCUCCAUUUUAAGGAUCCUCUGACUAGAGACUUUGACCCCAGGGCCUCUUGGGGGCCCUAGCCAUGCUUUUGGGCUCCUUCUGAAAAUGGAUGAGGCAUUGUGGCAUGGCUCUGACUUCAACUUCUGGCUGUUAGGGGUCCUUCACUUCCAUAGAAGUCGUUUACCAUGGCUUCUUAACUUUCUAGGGAUCUACAAAUUGCCAGGCAAGCUACCAUAUUUCAUAAGAGAAGUUUUGUUGCAAAUAUGCAAUUCAGGCCCUUACUUAAUGCUUCUGAACAAGCAAUCUGUCUGAUGAAUGUUAUCUUUGACACAGAUUAAAUUGAGUGAAUUUG